AGGGAUUUCGUUUUCAUAAUAUCAUAUGAUUUUAUGAAAGGUUAGUGAAGGAUUUUCUACCUUUUCAAAUGCUAGCAAUAAAGAAAAUAUGAAUGAUGAAUAUUGGUUAAUAUCAGCACCUGGUGAAAAAACAUGUCAGCAUACAUGGGAGAAAUUAAAUAAAGCAUUGCCUCCUAAUAAUUUAACUGAAAAUAAUAAAUUUCACAUUCCAGAUCUUAAAGUGGGAACAUUAGACCUUUUAGUAGGUCUCUCAGAUGAUCUUUUAAAAUCUGAUACAUAUAUUGAAAGUGUAACAAAAAAAAUUGCUCAAUAUAUGGUUGAAAUAUAUGAAGGAAAUAAAAAUAAGAUAUCUGAAGCUUUAUUAAUAAAUGGAACUGAUUUUAAUACAUAUUUAUCUCAUUUUCAAUGGGAUACAGCAAAAUUUCCUAUAAAAUUAUCACUUGUAUCUCUUACUGACAUUAUAAAUAAAAAAGUUUCACAAAUUGAUUCAGAAUUUAAACUAAGAUCUACUCAAUAUAAUUCUUUAAAAAAGGACCUUCAAAAUAUUGAAAGGAAAAACACAGGAAGUUUGGCCACCCGUAAUUUGAAUGAUAUAGUCAGUAAGGAUCAAUUUGUUCUAGGAUCUGAAUACAUUAUUACACUCGUAGUUGUAGUGCCAAAACACCAGUACAAAGAUUGGUUAGACAGCUAUGAAUCUCUGACGGAUAGGGUUGUUCCAAGAUCUUCUAAUGUGGUAUUCGAAGAUGAAGAAAAUGGGCUAUAUACCGUUUCGGUGUUUAGGAAGGUUGCUGAUGAGUUCAAGCAUCAUGCAAGGGAAAAACGUUUUACUGUGCGGGAUUUUGUUUAUGACGAAGAUCAAAUGUUAGCCGGAAAAAGUGAAAUCGAUAAAUUGUCAACCGGCGCUAAAAAAGCUUACGCACCUUUAUUGAGAUGGCUUCAGGUAAACUUUAACGAAUCAUUUGUCUCGUGGAUACACUUGAAAGCAAUUCGUAUUUUUGCAGAAUCAGUUUUAAGAUACGGCUUACCAGUUAAUUUCGUCGCUAUCCUCAUUAAACCGCUCAAAAAAAAUCACAAAAAAGUCCGAGAAAUACUCUUCCAGCUUUUUAAGCAUUUAGAUUCGACAAGCGCGUCGGGUCCUGCUAAUAUAUCGGAAAAUGAUGAAAUACCUGGAUUAAAUUACGGUCAAAACGAAUACUACCCAUAUGUAUGCUUUAAUAUAUCGACCAAUUUUUUGGACACCUCUAAAAAUAAAUAUUGAUGCUAUUUUUAUCAUUAAUUAUUAAUUGCUAAAAUAAAUUAUACUUUAUUGAUAAUUUUGACAGAAAAAAAAAUUUAACUUAAAAUUGUAUUUAUAUUAUAUCUAUUGGUACAUUUUGUUAUAUUAUAUAUAAUUCGUCUAAUAUGUAAAAAAAGUGAA